AGCCCGGGCGGUGGCCCGGGUUUUCAUCGCCUGGGCCACAGCCCUAGGCUCAAGUCAUUAUUCCGCAGUGAUCAUCCGCAAAAGAACUGGCUUCAUUUACACGUGACUGUACUUGCGUCGUCUGCAACUUGCAUUUCUUUCUCUGUAUUCAGAAAAUCAGACGGCGUAAAGUGACACGUCCUAAAACUUCAGACGUAAGCAACUCUCAACACAUACCUAGGCGAUAUAUAUUACAUAGUUUGAGAAAAUAUUGACAAAAUGGGCUUAUGCAAAUGUCCUAAACGAAAAGUAACGAAUCAGUUUUGCUUUGAACACCGAGUCAAUGUAUGCGAAUCAUGUAUGGUAUCAAAUCAUCCUAAGUGUGUUGUCCAAUCAUAUUGCCAAUGGCUAAAAGAUAGCGACUACAGCUCACUGUGUACGCUGUGUUCCACAGAUUUGUCACAAGAUGAUUGCAUCCGACUCAUCUGCUACCAUGUAUUUCAUUUGAAAUGCUUGGAUGCUUACUGUAGACAGUACCCAGUUAACACUGCACCUGCAGGAUAUGUGUGUCCCUCACCCUGCUCCCAUCCAAUUUUUCCAGCAUCCAAUCUUGUUUCUCCAGUUGCUGAUGUAAUGCGAUCAGUCCUUGCUAACCGUCCAUGGGCCAGAGAAGGACUAGGUCUACCUCUGCUGCCAUAUGACAAUGCAGUUGAUUCAAACCAACCAGAAAUUCACCAAGCAAAGAUUGUUGCUGUUCAGAAAGAAGUAACUAAUUACAGUGUAGUCAAUGUUGAGGGAGAUGUUUCCAACACAAUUCACCGCAAUGAACCUGUAAUUCAUGCCAAACGUCCAAUCGGGUUGCUUGCCGACUCGGAUCGUGACGAAAGUAUUAAUAAGUAUAAACGUCGUCCACCGUGGGAAUCUUUUAAACGUAUGCUCAGCAAUUUACUGGACCCUCACUCCAGAAAUCGCCAACGUGGUCAUCUUCGUCGACGCUACGCCUUAAUGUUGGUUAUAGCUGUCUUUGUUCUAUUAUUCAUUUUUGCCAUUGGCUCAAGAAUAUUUAACAGCCCGGUGGAUCUUGAACCGCUAGAUGCACCAUUUAAUCAUAGAGUUGCAUCGAACUAAUGAAUUAAUAAAACCAACAAAUUUUUAUUAAAUAAUACUUUGUCGCUCGUAAAAUUACGUUGGCAUAUAAUUCCCAACCAUGUUAAUUUUCCAUAUUUUCUGCUUACAUUAAUUUGAUACUGUGUAAGUGUAUAUAUUAUAUGACAUUCGAUUAAUUAAAGGUACAGAAAUCGGCUAUUGGA